AUGGCGAAAUUUAUAGGAGCCCCGUUGGCAAUUUGCGCUAUAAUUCUGCAGUUUAUUAAAUUCAUAAACGCAUUGCAAUAUGAUUUUAGUAGUAGUCUGAGAUCUUUGGUUGCCGAUGCCCUAGUUGCAUCCCACAUAAACAUGGAUGACCUUGGGAUGGCAACUCUUAUGUGCCCACGCCAAAUAAACGGUAUUGAGUAUGUAUGGCAUCCCCAACCAACCGCGGAUCAUAACUUUUGUCUCGAAACAUAUGUGAUUGAAAAUGGCGAAUUUCACUCUGUCCCUUUGUCGACGGUAGUGAUUACGGAAAUACGACGCUUAAAUUUUUGGAAAACGUCAAGGCCGUCGCAAACAGACUUGCAUAUUGAUCUAAUGGAUGACUAUAUAUACGCCAUCACCGAGAAUCGUUUCGUGUUCAUUUGUGGUCCUAGAGGUUUGGUAUUGAGUGAGGCGCUGCAAGCCCAACUUGCUAGCCUCGAUGGUUUUGCUGAAAUAGACGCUCAUCCAUGGGAACCGAGAACGCCAUUGGUUGACGAAAUAGCCAAGAUAGGGGGAAGCUUGGGUGUGGUAUUCUUGCACAGAGGCCGCAAGCACAAACUUAUGCAGGGCUGUGGAAGCCGUCCCUCACCACUUUUUGCUUCGGAUAAUGUUACCGUGGACUCCGAAACGGGCACACGGUCGUGUAUGGUAGAUCCGAUGUCAGAAUUGCCCAUAGGCUUCAUUUGUCAAGGGCGUAUUGAACCUGAUGAUUGCAUGAAGUAUCUCUUGGACAAGACGGACGGAGUUGUGACUGCUCCUACACCACAUUUAUAUAGGAAUUUUAAUCAUCGUGGAAAAUGGGUUAUAGCGCAAUAUUUUGAUGGAUUAGCAUUACGGGCAUUCAAAGGCGAAUGUAGGUGCAUAAAUCCGAAAACGGGUAGGGUGAAAGCAAGGAUAGAGGUCCGUUGGAAAACUGAAUACAUUUGUGACAUAACCAGCAUGAUUGCCCGUAACAGGUUCAAUCCUAUUAGUGGCCCCUGGUGUUCAGUGAUGUUACAUCCGGGUGCUACGUUGACCAUAAAGUUGCCAAAACAGACAGUCAAGUCGGCUGCUGCUGACUUGGAAUUCGAAGAAGACGGCGACGUUGAGGAGGAUGCUUUGACAGCCCCAUUCUCGCAACUGCCAUCUAUCCAUGAAUACGAAACUGAAUUCAAGCCGGACGUAUCUUUGAUAUUACGCCAAAGACAAACGAUUUAUGACAUCGAUCUUUACGACGAAAUCUUGAUCCAGGAUGCAUUAACUGGCGGUGCGUUCGAGGUAGAUGUUUCACAAAUGGAGGGAGGAGAGGUCAAGCUGAAGUACCGUAUGGACAAACCUCUGGCGUUACGAAGUGGAUACAACUCGUUUUUAUAUCAUUGGACAUUCAUAUCUAGAAACGAAAAUGUUCUUGAAAAGAUACGCGCUGUAGUGAACGUCUCAUUUGCGCCUACCUAUCGCUACAAUAUUAUUGGUUGUGACCGAUGGAAACCAGGUAUGUUUGAUCCGGCAAAUGACAGUGAGUCUCUUGCAAUUAAAGUCGUGGGGAAUGGUAUGGCGUUAACAUCUGAAUGGCUGGUAAAUGUCAGUAGUGGCGAGCAGCAAGCCGGCAUUCAAUGCGGACGCAAUGAGGAUCUGUUUCCAAACAAUUGCGAGUCCACAGGAUACGAUAUUUCGUCCAAUCAGGUUGCGCCAUUUCCUACAUCUGUGCGCAAUGCGACACUUUACCCCGUUCGAGGAUUUCAGGUAUUCGACAUGAGCUUCCAAAAUGUCCCCGUCAGUCACGCCUGCAGUUGUGUUGAUGAACAUGGAUACGAAACAUCUAGACUUGUUUUGCGAUCAAACCGUUAUGAAGAGUAUACUUACACAGUAAGUCGUGAAGCCGCAUACCAAUGGUUGAUGCCUUACUCAUUAUUGCCUUGGAAUGAGGUGGCAUUAUUUUACGGCGAUCACACUCAUAUGCAAUCAAUUAUGCUACACAACAUGCCCCAGAUACCUAUAAAAUUACACUCUGGCACUAAAAUCUUAAUGCGGUGUGUUCUGGAUGAGGGGGUUUACGACGAUGAGAAUGACGCCGUAGUACCACCUACAUGGUUACCAGAUUAUCCUCGACAUCACCAUUACAAAGUAGAUACGACCACAUAUGGGCCUAUGCUGAUUUCAAAGUUGAACGGAGAGAGAAUCGCUGGUACAAAAGGUGGACUCGACAUCAGUAUUUCAGAAUAUACAGACGAAUAUUGUGAUUUGGCGAUUACAUCCAAUAGCGGCGCAAUUUUGGUAUCUAAGGAUCCAGAUCACUCGGAGUACGUGCCAAUAACAUUCGUUUGCGGUAAGGAGCUAUCAGAAUCAGAUUUUGGUCAAGUCAACGAUAACGCAUUGGCAGCUGAUAUUCCCCCGCCUGUAGCACCGUUAGAGGAUUACACAUGGAACGUAGUUCAAAUUGACGUAGAGAUGACAGACCCGUACAUGCAAGGGUGCGGAAUUACUGACUCAAGAGAUAUGUUUUUCAAGCCCGAGACACCCAAACUAUACGACACUUACAGACAACUCCAGUUCGGAUGCAAGAUCAACAUUCAGGCUGCUGAAGAAGCGGCAUUCUAUUGCCCAGCUCCUUACGUCCUGGACCCACCGAAUUGCUUCUACCAAGUCUCGGUGAACGGUGAAGUGAAGAACCUGAUGGACAUCAGCCAGUCUUUGGUAGCGUCUCGAACUAAUCACUUUGUCACACUGAAGUUCGACAGUGCUCGUAUAGGACCCGGGGAGACCCUGCACCAGACCCCGCCGUUGGAGUGCCGGUGCGUCACCAUCAAGGGGGUCAUCCUAUCCACCAUCCAGAUCGAGAACUACUACUCCAAGGAAUGGGUAGCUCAGAUGUAG